CGAGCAGCUGAGCGGCAGCAUCAUGGCGGAGCCCAACGCAUCUCCGGUUCAUGUCCAGCAUCCGCAACCAGUGCCGACAACGAGCUGGCCAAUUACCAAGGAGUCCUAUGAGCUCCAGGAGGUGAUCGGCAGCGGGGCCACAGCCGUCGUCCAGGCCGCCUUCUGCACCCCGAGAAAGGAGCGUGUCGCCAUCAAGAGGAUCAACCUGGAGAAGUGCCAGACCAGCAUGGACGAGCUGCUGAAAGAGAUUCAGGCCAUGAGUCAGUGCAACCACCCCAACGUUGUCACCUACUACACCUCCUUUGUGGUGAAGGAUGAGCUCUGGUUGGUCAUGAAACUCCUGAGUGGAGGGUCGAUGCUGGAUGUUAUAAAGUAUAUAUUUAGCAAAGGAGAGCACAAGAACGGGGUCCUGGAAGAGCCCAUUAUUGCCACAAUUUUAAAAGAGGUGCUAGAAGGCUUGGACUACCUGCACAGAAACGGCCAGAUCCACAGGGAUGUGAAGGCUGGGAACAUUCUGCUUGGGGAAGAUGGCUCCGUCCAGAUUGCAGAUUUCGGAGUCAGCGCGUUUUUAGCCACCGGCGGAGACGUCACACGAAACAAAGUGCGGAAGACGUUUGUGGGAACGCCAUGCUGGAUGGCUCCUGAGGUGAUGGAACAGGUACGAGGCUACGACUUCAAAGCAGACAUCUGGAGUUUCGGAAUCACAGCCAUUGAGUUAGCCACAGGGGCAGCGCCCUACCACAGAUAUCCUCCUAUGAAGGUGCUGAUGCUGACCCUACAGAAUGAUCCUCCUACACUGGAAACAGGCGUGGAGGACAAGGAGAUGGUGAAGAAGUACGGGAAGUCGUUCCGGAAGCUGAUAACCCUAUGCCUGCAGAAGGACCCCACAAAGAGGCCCACAGCUGCAGAACUUUUGAAAUGUAAAUUUUUCCAAAAGGCCAAGAACAGAGAGUAUCUGAUUGAAAAGCUGCUGAACAGAGCACCAAACAUCACCCAAAGAGCCAAAAGGGUGAGGAGAGUUCCAGGCUCCAGCGGACACCUGCACAGGACGGAGGACGGCGACUGGGAGUGGAGUGACGACGAGAUGGACGAGCGGAGCGCAGAGGGCAAGGCUGCAGCCAAUCAGGGCAGGUCACGAAGGGUCCGCCAGGAACGCCAAGAAAACGAAGCAAAUGCCAACAGCGUCCCCAUAGACCGGCUGUCCAUUCAGCACCCGCAGGUCCAGCCUUUUGAGCAGACUCCGUACAUCCAAGGCGGGAGUGCUGUGAACAUGGUACUGCGGCUAAGGAACUCCAGAAAGGAGCUGAAUGACAUAAGGUUUGAAUUCACUCCUGGCCGAGACACUGCAGAUGGGGUGUCUCAGGAGCUUUUCUCAGCUGGGCUCGUGGACGGCCAUGAUGUUGUCGUAGUUGCUGCUAAUCUUCAGAAGAUUGUGGAUGAUCCCAUUACCUACAAAGUAUUGACCUUUAAACUGGCUUCGGGCUGUGACGGCACAGAUAUACCUGACGAGGUGAAACUGGUCGGCUUCGCCCAGCUGAGUGUCAGCUGAGCUCUCCCCCUCACCUGGUCUCGCCGGGUCUCACCUGGUCCGGUCAUGGAGGAGCCGGUCGCGGGCUAACAGGUGAAGCACAAGAGGGAGGCAGAAGCGCCCUGAGACCCUCCAUUCUGCAUUCCUCCUCCCACCCAUCGGACCAGAAAACUCCGCUAGAAAUCUGCUGGAAAUCUCCCAGAACUCUGCUAAAACUCGACUAAAAUUCUGCCAGACUGCCUCUAGAGAAUGCCACUGCGCUACAGGUCCAGUAGAACUGUUAGACCUGCACUAGAACUCUGCUAAAAAAAAAAAAAAUCUGCUAGAAAUCUGCUGCAACUAUUACAACUGUGCCAGGACUUUGCUAGAACUCCACUACAGCUCCAGUAGAACUGUGCUAGAACCACUAGAAACCACAUAAAUGCUUAAAAUCACUUAGAACCCACUUAGAAUGCUUAGAAUACACUAGUACUCAACUUGCACUCCACUAGAUCUCUGCCAGAACCACUAGAAAUCAACUUGAUCUCCAUUAGAACUCUGGUAGAACUCCACUAGAACUCCAUUAGAACUCUGCUAGAACCCCACAAGCCCUGCUUGCUGUGCGGUCUUCACUCCACCUUUCACU